AUGCUGUGUGAGUCAGACACACGGAUGGCACUGGCUGAACCGGUCCCCACAGCUUAUUGUAAUUCAGCUCCUCAAGGGAACUGUGAGGUGCCACUGGAUGAUGAUGAUCAUCAUGAUGUUCUGCUCAACUCUUCGUCUAGAACUGCUGAGCCCCAGAGCAUCAAGCCAGGGAAAGAUUCCAACAUGGAGAGAUGUCAGAAGGACACGUGUGGUCUCAGAGCCUCCUCCCCUGCUGCCUGCAAGAUGUGGACAGCACAUCGGGACGGAGAAGUGAAGCUGAGGAUGGAUGAGCAGGGCAUAGGCAGUGAGCCCCCCAAGACUGUCCACCAGCUGUUCCAGGAAGCUGUCAGUAAAUACAGUAACUAUUAUGCCCUUGCAUCCAAAAAGGGUGGCCAGUGGACAAAGCUGACGUAUAAGAUGUACUAUGAUGAGUGCUGGAAAGCAGCAAAAAGCUUUCUGAAGCUGGGGCUGGAACGUUUCCAUGGAGUGGGCAUCCUGGGAUUUAAUUCUGCAGAGUGGUUCAUUGCUGACAUUGGAGCUAUCCUUGCAGGGGGAUUUGCUGUUGGGAUCUACACCACAAACUCUGCUGAGGCCUGUCACUACGUAGCAGAGAACUGCAGUGCUAACAUCAUAGUGGUGGAAAACCAGAAACAGCUGCAGAAAAUCUUAGAAGUUGAACACAAACUACCUCAUCUGAAGGCCAUUAUCCAGUAUGGAGAAGAGCUAAAAGAGAAGAGGCCAAACCUGUACUCGUGGAGGGAGUUCAUGGACCUGGGCAGAGAUGUCCCAGACACUCAGCUCCAAGAGAUCAUUGCAUCACAGAAGCCCAACCAGUGCUGUACCCUCAUCUACACCUCAGGGACCACUGGGCAGCCCAAGGGGGUGAUGCUCAGCCAUGACAAUCUGACGUGGACAGCAGCAGCCGCUGGGCGCUUCAUCAUGCUGACAGAUGCCAAGGAAAGGCAGGAGCAGGUGAUCAGUUAUCUGCCCCUGAGCCACAUUGCUGCACAGAUGUCAGAUAUCUGGUCAGCCAUGACGUUUGGAGUGCAAGUUUUCUUUGCUCAACCAGAUGCAUUGAAGGGCAGCUUGGUGGAGACCCUGCGGGAGGUGAGGCCAACUGCUUUCCUGGGAGUUCCUCGUGUCUGGGAAAAAAUGGAGGAAAAAAUGAAAUCCAUAGGCAUGAAAUCAUCGGCGUUCCGAAGGAAAGUGGCAUCGUGGGCCAAGGGAGUUGGGUUGCAGACCAACCUGAAACGGAUGAAUGGGUAUUCCGAUGUCCCGGUGAAUUUCCGCUUGGCCAAGCACCUGGUGUACAGGAAGGUGCGGAAGGCCAUCGGGCUGGAUCGCUGCUCCAAGUGCUACACAGGGGCUGCUCCCAUCACCAGGGAGACCCUGGAGUUCUUCCUCAGCCUGAAUAUUCCCGUGUUGGAGCUGUAUGGGAUGAGUGAGAGCUCUGGGCCUCACACCAUCUCCCUACCUCAUGCCUUCAAGCUUGGCAGCUGUGGGAAGGAAGUCACAGGCUGCAGGACCCUGAUCCAUAAGCCAGACACGGAUGGCAAUGGGGAGAUUUGCUUCUCAGGAAGGCACAUCUUCAUGGGCUACUUGAACAUGGAGGAGAAAACCAAAGAGGCAAUCGAUGAGGAUGGUUGGCUGCACUCAGGUGACCUGGGCAAGCAUGAUAAAGAUGGAUUCCUCUACAUCACAGGCAGAAUUAAAGAGCUCAUCAUCACUGCAGGAGGUGAGAACAUUCCUCCUGUUCCAAUCGAGGAUGCUGUCAAAGAGGCUGUUCCCAUCAUCAGCAAUGCCAUGUUGGUUGGAGACAAAGCCAAAUUCCUUGCUAUGCUUCUGACAAUAAAGUGCCAUGUGGAUGCAGAGACAGGUGAGCCAGGAGAUGACCUCACUCCAGAAGCUCUGGAAUACUGUCAGAAGCUGGGCAGCAAGGCCACAAAGGUCUCUGAAAUCAUCAGCAGCAAAGACAAGGCAGUCUAUGCUGCUAUCCAGAAAGGCAUCACUGCAGUCAAUGAGAGAGCUAUCUCCAAUGCCCAGAAAGUCCAGAAGUGGGUCCUGCUGGAGAAGGACUUUUCUCUCUUUGGUGGAGAGCUUGGUCCAACCAUGAAGCUGAAGAGACCUGUGGUGGCAAAGAAGUACAGUGCUCAAAUCGCUCAGUUCUACGCAGACGUGGACACCCCCACAGGGGAGACCUCACCCCGGGCAUAG